AUGAGCGCUCCUGCAGCUGGUGGAGCCACUGGAGGCGAUGAUGCCGCCGAUAGAAAUGUCGAGAUGUGGAAGAUCAAGAGACUUAUCAAGAGUUUGGAACUCGCGAGAGGGUAAGAAAUAAACUUUGUAAAUUUCAAAUUAGGCCAAUUUUUCAGAAAUGGAACUUCCAUGAUUUCUUUGAUUAUCCCACCAAAAGAUCAAGUCGCACGAAUCCAGAGAAUGUUGGCAGAAGAAUAUGGAACCGCGUCGAAUAUCAAGUCUCGUGUAAACAGACUUUCUGUCCUGGGAGCUAUUACUUCUGUACAAGGACGUCUGAAGCUAUACAACAAAGUUCCACCAAACGGACUUGUAGUUUAUUGUGGAACGAUAAUGACGGACGAAGGAAAGGAAAAGAAAGUUAACAUUGAUUUCGAGCCAUUUAAGGCAAUCAACACUUCUUUGUACCUCUGCGAUAACAAGUUUCACACGGAAGCUUUGCAAGGUUUGUACAAACUAUUCCAUCUAAGCCUUCUAUUGCACAAUUCCAGGACUGCUUGCCGAUGACAACAAAUUCGGAUUCAUCAUUAUGGACGGAAACGGUUGUUUGUUCGGAACACUUCAAGGAAAUACUCGUGAAGUUCUUCACAAGUUCACUGUGGAUCUGCCGAAGAAGCACGGAAGAGGAGGACAGUCUGCCGUUCGUUUUGCUCGACUCCGUAACGAAAAGCGUCACAAUUACGUUCGCAAAGUCGCGGAAAACGCUGUCGAGAUGUUCAUCAAGAACGACAAAGUCACUGUCGCCGGAUUGAUUCUCGCUGGUAGUGCUGACUUCAAAACCGAAUUGGGACAAUCCGACAUGUUUGAUCAGCGACUUCAGGCCAAGAUGAUCAAGACGGUCGAUAUUGCAUACGGAGGAGAGAACGGAUUCAACCAGGCUAUCGAACUAGCCGCUGAUACUCUCGCCAGCGUGAAGUUCAUCCAAGAGAAAAAGUUGAUUGGAGGAUAUUUCGAUGAGAUCAGUCAAGACACCGGAAAGUACGUUUUCGGAGUGAAAGACACUUUGGCGGCUCUUGAGAUGGGUGCAAUUGAGACUCUCAUUUGCUGGGAGAACCUAGAUAUUGUUCGCUAUAAGAUGAAGAACUCGAAUGGAGAGGAUAUUUUGUUGAACCUGCGGCCUGACGAGGAGAGAGACAAGUCUCAUUUCACUGACAACGAAACCGGACAGGAUAUGGAAAUUAUCGAGACUAUGCCUCUGCUCGAGUGGUUCGCCAACAAUUACAAGGUAAAUAUUUAGGGUCAGGAAAUGUUGAGGAACAAUGUUAUUUUAGAACUUCGGAGCUGCGCUGGAAAUCGUAACGGACAAAUCUCAGGAGGGAGCUCAGUUUGUGCGAGGAUUUGGAGGAAUUGGUGGUCUUCUCCGUUAUCGUGUCGAUCUGAUGCACCACGAUCUGGAUGACGAGUUUGACAACCUUGACCUUGAUGACUAUUGA